AAGGUAUUCUAAUAAGUACGACCAUCAUCAUAAUUUUUAUAUGUGAAUACGUUUUCAACAAUAUGCGGAUUCUUCUCAUUUCAGCUCAUUCGGUGGUCGCAUUAACCGUUUUUUCAACUUUAACAUUGCUCACAACAGGUGGUAGUAUCAAAAAAGCCACAAAAAACAUUUCCAGACCAAUUGUUACAAACACUCCAUAUUUGACAUGGACACCUUGGAGUUCGUGUACGCAUCGAAGAUUUAGUGCAUACUAUCGAACAAGAAAAUGCCGAGACAAAAAAAAUGGGUCGAUAGUACAAAGUAGAUUAUGUGGGCGUAGGAGCGAAAUGUUCUGUUGGACCGAGGAUGGGAUUACUAGUGGGUCACCGUCAGAACCGGGAAGGUGGCCUUGGCAAGUUCUCAUCAUGACUGAAUAUAAUGGAAAAUGGCGGCAAUGUGGAGGUACCUUGAUAACACCCUCAUGGGUGCUCACUGCGGCGCAUUGCUUUUUAGAUCGUGUCGGAAACAAUUGGAAUAUUCAAAGAAUUACGUUGGGAACAAUAAACAGAAUCAGGAUUGAUAACAGGGGUGUUAGUUUUACAAGGGCAUCCAUUGUUCACGUGCACGAAGAUUUCGACAAAAUGGAAUAUCUGAACGACAUAUCACUAAUGAAACUCCCAACACCGGUAAAUACAGGCUGGAGGCACCAUAUCGAACCCAUAUUUCUUCCUAAAAGCAAUAAAACAAUGUUGGCAGGAAAGUCAUGUGUAGUUACGGGCUGGGGAGCAACAGCAAAGAAUGGGAGUAUAGAAUCAAUUCCAGAUGUGUUGCAAGAAGUAGACGUGAAUAUAUUUACAGAUGAAGCCUGUAAAAAAAUGCAUCAUACUCCCGGACUGGAUGGUUCAUACACUGAAAGUCAUUUUUGUGCGGGCCAUCUUGAAGGGAAGAAAGAUACAUGCUAUGGUGACAGCGGCGGACCACUCAUGUGUGAGAAAAACGGAGAAUACAUUGUACAUGGAAUAACAAGCAGUGGACCAGCUGAGUGUGGGAAGAAAAAUAAACCGGGUAUUUACACAAGAGUCAGCGAUUUUAUCACGUGGAUCGGAAGAACGAUAAGAGGAUUACGUUUUGAAUGUUCCAAAUGGAAAAGAAAUAAAUGCAGUGUGACAUGUGGUAGAGGACAAAGAACAGUGACUAGAACUUGUCUAGGCAAAGAUGACGGACCUCCAACAAAACGGGAGGGAAUUUCCAUACGAUAUAUUCCGUGUGAAAACUCACCUUGCGUUGAAUAUCAUUGGACACCUUGGAAAACAACUUGUAGACUAACAUGUUAUGUUAAUGUAACAUGUGAAUUCUUUGAAACUAUCACUCGAUAUUGUGCUGGAGCAAACGAUGCACCCACGUUUCCGAAUAACUGCCCCGGCCCAGAACAUCACGGAGAAUCUCGUUGGGUUCCUUCGUCCCCAAUCUGCAGCACAGUAUGUGGCGAAGUAACUGAAACGAGCACUCAAAACUGUGAGGACGUUUAUAACAAUCCAUUGGAACCGGAAAACAGCACUGGCGAAGAAAAGGAAAUUAAAAAAUGUGUCAAACCAGACUGUAUUGAAUACCAUUGGUCUCCCUGGAAAACAACUUGCAGUGUAACAUGUAAUGAAGGAGUUGCAACUAGCACUCGAUAUUGUGCUGAUGCAAACAAUGCACCGACGUUUCCCAAGAACUGCCCGGGUCAAGAAAAGAAGUAUGAACCAUGUGUAAUGCCAAAGUGCAUUGAAUAUAAUUGGACUCCUUGGGUCUCAACCUGCAACGUAACAUGCGGUGAGGGAACUGAAACGACCACUCGGAAAUGUGUGGACGACAAUAACAAUCCAUCGAAACCGGAGAACUGUGUUGGUGAAUCCAGGAAAACUAGAAAAUGUAUCAAACCCGACUGUAUUGAAUAUCAUUGGACACCUUGGGUCUCAACUUGCAGCGUAACAUGUGGUGAAGGAACCGAAACAAGCACUCGGAACUGUGUGGACGACAAAAACAAGCCAUCUAAGGCCGACAACUGUGUUGGUGAAUACAAAAAAAUUGGAAAAUGUGUCGAAGCGAACUGCAUUGAAUAUCAUUGGACACCUUGGGUCUCAACUUGCAGCGUAACAUGUGGAAAAGGAACUGAAGCGGGCACUCGUACCUGUGUGGACGAUAAAAACAAUCCGUCGAAACCUGACAACUGCGUUGGUAAAUCCAAGAAAAUUGGAAAAUGUGUCGAAGCGAACUGCAUUGAAUAUCAUUGGACACCUUGGGUCUCAACUUGCAGCGUAACAUGUGGAAAAGGAACUGAAGCGGGCACUCGUACCUGUGUGGACGAUAAAAACAAUCCGUCGAAACCUGACAACUGCGUUGGUAAAUCCAAGAAAAUUGGAAAAUGUGUCAAACCGAACUGCAUUGAAUAUGAUUGGACACCUUGGGUCUCAACUUGCAGCGUAACAUGUGGUGAAGGAACUGAAACGAGCACUCGGAAAUGUGUGGACGACAAAGGCGAUCCAUCGAAACCUGACGACUGCCCUGGAGAAGACAAGAAAAUUGGAAAAUGUGUCAAACCAGACUGCAUCGAAUACCAUUGGGGAGAAUGGUUCAAUGUUUCUGAAUGUAGCGCCUCAUGUGGAACUGGAGAAAUCGAAAUGAAAAGAAAAUUAGUUGAUUCUGACAACGUGGAAGUUCUUGAUACAAGUAAAUGUAAUCCCGGGAAAUAUGUUAAACUUCGCACUUGCAAUCUAAAACCCUGUCCAGUUUACAAAUGGAGUGAAUGGAAGACGAGUUGCAGCGUCACAUGUGGAACUGGUGUUUUAACUAAAUCAAGAAAUUGUACUGAUCAAGAUGGAAACCCCGCUGAAGAUGUGUUAUCCUGUGGCCAUGGAAAAUCCACUGAGAAAGAUGUUUGUACUUCACCAUGUCCAUUAAUAUCAAAAGAAUCCUCAACAUCGUACCACUGGGGUAAAUGGGGGUCAUGGUCGACCUGUCGUUUUCGUAUGGGAGGUGUAACUAUUUGCAACGGAUUUAAAUCGUCCACUCGGGACUGUUUGAUGGGAUCAAAGGACGUCAACCCUCGAAGAUGCAGUGGUGAAUAUCCCGGUGAAGAUUUUUAUCGCGAGUCCUCGUGUAUGAUGGAAACCAGCAAUUGUCCUUGAAAAUAUUACAGUUCUAGAAUAUGUUCGUUUCACGGUCAUACUUACUGAUAUUACACGGAUAUUACUCUGAUAUAUAUUGUACUUAGCAAAUCUAACCCUCUGUGAGUAAAAAGUGUUUGAACUUUGCGUGAUGACUUUACCGAGUGGUUCCACUAUCGACAUAGUGACAUUAGAGUUUUCUACUUUUGGCUGUUUGUGUUGAUAUAUAUUAUGGCUUAAAUUAAAGCAUUGGAGUAUAUUCAUCUGCUUCCAGAUGUUUUGAUGCUAGACUAAACGGUCCGCCAAUAUGACUUUCAAACCAUUUUAAUUCUGUGUACAUCUGACAAACAAGCAAAUGCCCACAGAAAACACUAUUUUUUAAUAUAAUUGCUGUUCUACUUUUUGUUAAUAGAUAAAUGAACUCAUCAAUUACUAAAAAUAGCAGGACGGAACACAGUCCAAGCAACGUGUAUAUAGGUGUAGCUUAAAAAGUAGAUACUUCCCAUUUGCUUCCGAUUCUUAACUCUAACUCGCAGCUGAAAAUAAAUUGAUUUCAACUCUGA